UGCACACGAUAAUGGAGAAUACAUGAUAUUGUUCAGCUUUUCUGGUUUAAAACGAACAAAUGACUAAAGGGGCAUAUUCUUGUGCUUUGAAUGAUUUGGGAUACCUCUGAUUGGGGCAUUCCCAGGUGAGUUCAUGUUUAGUGUUUUGUUUUAUUGGCUGCCGUUGUAACCCCCUGCAAAAAUAAAUAAAUAAAUCAGUCUAUUGCAAUGUUAGCUUUUGGAGUCAUGUACAACUUCAUCUGCAAAAGAGCUAAAUAUGUUUUGACUUCCCUUUGAAGCAUUUGUCUUGACUUCUUGGUUAAUAUUUUGUACUGAUUGUGAUCAUGUGCAUCUUUUACUUUGAUGAAACAACUAACCUCUAGAAAGAAACUCCAGUUUCCUAGCAGCUUAUUGUGUUAGGUUAGGUUAUCUUUUAAAAAUGGGUGGCUCGUAGUUGGUGGCUUGAGCCCUUUUCUGUUCCCCUUGUAUUCAUUAUCUUGAUAUUGCUGCACAAUUUUUCUCCCAUUAAUAACAUGAUCAUCUUUUGUUUGUCCCCUUGGUUGGCGUAUUAUUAACAUGUUUCUUGACAGGGAACUUUUUAGCAACAACAUAAGUGGAAGAAUUCCUAUUGAGCUUGGCAAUUUGACAAGUUUGGUGAGCUUGGAUCUUUACUUGAACAAUUUGAGUGGUAUCAUCCCGGACACAUUGGGCAGGCUUCAGAAAUUACGUUUCCUACGGCUUAACAACAACAAUUUGUCUGGAACUAUUCCUAUGUCAUUGACUACUAUCAAUUCACUUCAAGUCCUUGAUCUUUCAAACAAUCACUUAACAGGAGUUGUCCCAGUUAAUGGCUCCUUUCAACUUUUUACUUCCAGCAGUUUUCGAAAUAAUAAUUUAAUAAUUUCUCCAACUCUUCUACCGCCUCCAUUUUCGCUGCCACUCCCAUCUAUUGCUUCAGUGCCACUGGAGCCAUUGUUGGAGGAGUUGUUGCUGGUGCUGCCCUGUUGUUUCUCGCACUUGCUUGGCCGGCCUUGCCCUAAGGUGAGGCAACUAAGGCGGUCGCCUCGGGUUCCCAAUUUUGAACAAAAUUUAGGACCCCCAACUAUUGGAGUGUAUCAUAUCAUGUUAUUUCAUAAUUACUUCAAUAUUAGCUCAAUUCAUUUAUUUUCAUGUUAUCGUAUGGUGUUAUUUUGAUUCGUGUCCAAUUGAUGUUUAAUGUGAAAACUUUCACUUUUAGUUAAAACUAACUUAGCAAGUGUAUGGAGAGAUUAAAAUAUUUCCCAUAAGUUGAAUUUUACAAA